UCUUACAGUCAUUGCAACAGUUAAUAUUUCACACAAGUGUUCUUGAACAUCUUAAGAUACAUAAAGUACAAGAGCAGCUGUUGGUCAAAGAGUACAGAACCAUAAGAGACGGUGAGUACUUUAAACAAAACAAGUUUCUGUCUGGGGAAGGUUUUAAAAUAGCAGUCAAUCUUUAUGUAGAUGAUUUUGAGAUAUGUAACCCUCUGGGUACAUCUCGUAAAAAGCAUAAACUCUGUGGUGUCUAUUGGGUGUUGGGUAAUUUGCCACCAGGUUCCCAUUCAACGCUUAAUUCAAUUAAUUUAGCUGUUCUAUGCAAAUCUGAUGAUAUCAAGGCAUAUGGUUUUGAAAAAGUUUUGGAGCCUCUCCUACAAGACUUGAAAAUAUUAGAACAGCAUGGUGUUUUUAUUUCUCAGCUUGGUCAGUUUGUCAAAGGUUCUGUCCAGUGUGUAAUAGCUGACAAUCUUGGGGCACAUUCAAUUGGAGGGUUCGUUGAAAGUUUUUCAGGAGGGUCAAUAUGCAGGUUUUGCACUGGAGACAAAUCUGAAUUUCAAAUUAAAGAUGUCCAGUCAGGUUCCUUCCAGCUCAGAACUAGAGACAUUCAUGAUGCACAUGUCCAGUCUGCUAAAAAGAAUGCUACUGUUUGCUGCGGUGUGAAAAAACUGUGUGUUUUAACAGAGCACCUUUUACAUUUUCAUGUUUGCACUGGCUAUCCCCCUGACAUUGUACACGAUCUCUUUGAAGGUAUAGUUCCAGUUGAGCUGGCCCGUUGUAUUGCUUCACUGAUAUCCAAAAAAUACUUCACACUUGAUGACCUUAACACAUUGAUUCAGACAUUUCCUUACAAAUGGGGAGACAAAACCAAUCGCCCCCAUGUCAUACCUCAGUCUUUUACAUCUCGCAGCACGAUUGGCGGCAAUGCCCAUGAAAAUUGGGCCUUGCUGAGAUUGCUUCCCUUUUUGAUUGGCCAAAUCUUACCAGAAGAUGAGCCUGCAUGGCAGGUUGUUCUAGAGCUAAAGGAUAUUGUUGAGUUGGUUGUAGCUCCCAUUCACACAGACGAAACCAUUGCAUAUCUUGAGGCUAAGAUCUAUGAUCACAGACAGCGGUAUCUUGAACUCUUUCCACAUGCUAAGCUUUUACCAAAACAUCACUAUUUGGAGCACUACCCUCAUAUGAUUCGUUGUUUUGGACCUCUAAUUGCAUUGUGGACAAUGAGGUUUGAGGCUAAACAUAGUUUCUUUAAGCAGGUAGCUCGACACACAAAUUGCUUUAAGAAUAUACCUCGGUCAUUAGCUAUCAAACAUCAACUCAUGCUUGCUUAUCACACACAUUCCCCGACUCUCAAGAAGUCAUCCCUGGAGGUCACAGAUGUCUCAUUCAUGCCUGUUGAUGUCCUCAAUGAGGGAGUAGUGUCUCAACUUAAGCAGAGAUACCCAGAUUUAUCUGCAUUACAUAUGACAAAAAGUGUGUCUUUCAGUGGAAUACAUUACAGUGAAGGAAUGCUUAUUGCACAUGGAUCUGUAGAUGGACUGCCCAGAUUUAGGGAGAUUAUUCAAAUGUGCAUUGUGAAGGGAAAGCUGUGUUUUCUAGUGAAAGAUUUAUGUGUUUGGUAUAGGGAGCAUUAUCGUGCAUUUGAGCUGUCAGCUUCACCAACUAGAGAGGUUACCCUUAUUGAGCUUGCUGAGCUGAAGGACCCAUAUCCUCUUGUGGACUACUUGGUUGGUGGUGUGCGUAUGACAACACUGAAAAGAUUCAUCAUAGUGGAAGACUAAAGGUGACCAGUAAUGGCAAACCCCGUAGUUCUGCGGAUCCUCUUUGGUGGUGAAUAUGACUCAAGAAAACUUACCCUUGCUUCUGGAAUCCCUGGAACAGUGGAAGAGCUACAAACAAUAAUAAAGACUGUGUUUCAAGUGAAGGAUGACUUUCGGUUGCAAUACAUGGACAUUGACUUCAACCAGUUCAUGAACCUAACUUCAGUUUCUGAAAUUCAAAACAAAGGCACACUUAAAGUUAUAUACUGCUCAGUGUCUUCACCUGAGGAGCCUUACGUCACUUUGUAUCCAGUGAGCUCACCUGAAGGGGCCUCGUUUACCACUGCAGAUCCUCAAACACCAUCCUCUUCAGUUGCCUCUUCAUGCAGUGAUGAUACACUCUACACCUCAACUCCACAUUCCUCUCCAGAAACUCAGUCCUCAAAAGUGUCAUCGUGGCCCCAGGUUUUUGUGGUACCCAAAUUCUCCUAUGAGGCUGAAUUUGAGCUACAACUGAAAAAUGAGGAGUUUGAGACAAGCGGAACACAUUUCAACCCUGGACCAAAGCUGAAAGGAGUCAUCCUUGAAGGUUUAGCCCAAGAAAUGGUGAAAUACACAAAAUACCCCAAAGACUAUCAGUGUGAAGAAGUUGCAGCCGCUUUGACCAGAGCUCAUCCUUGUUUGGGGCAGCUUGGAUCCAAGACAGGGUUUUGGGGAUGGAAACAGUCUCUGAAAUAUAAAAUGCAAAACUAUAGAACAAAGCUGGGGCGACUUGGACAUCCUGAGAUCCGCGUCAACUGCUUAAAGCACAAACGAGAAGGCCAAGGCAAAGCUGCAGCCAGCGUCAAGAAACCCAGAAAGGCUGAGAUUAAUUACAUUCCUCUCCAUCCUAAAGGUGAAACUGCAAAAAGCUUGGAGGAUGAGAGGAUUGCAUUGUUGUCAGAAGUACAGAAACGGGACAAUGAAGUGGUGAUAAGGGCAAAAAUGGAAAAAACCUUCUCUCAUAGAAGACUGGAGAUAGUGGAGCAGAGGCCAAUGGUAGCUGAGUUCAAGGACAGGUGGCCUGCCCUGUUUGAGCACCGUGAAGUGAAUGCAGAGUUCAUGCGACUGACCACCAAACCAUUGCAAUCGAAGUUCAUGUCCCAGCUGGACCAUUUCUCAGACAAACUGGUUCAGAUCUUCAGUGGCAAAGGAGGCGUAAAGGGUCAAAAGAUGAAGAAGGUCCUGGAAAUCGCUAAGUCGAGUGGCAACAUUGACACCAGGAGAGAGUGCAUCUUGAGAGGCCUGAUCAUCUACCUCAAUGAAGAUCCAGACUCUUUCUUUAAGGAAUAUCUGGACCCUGCUACUGAGAACGCAGAGUCAGAUAUCGGAGUUAUGGGGAUCUACAUAAUCCGACGAGAUGGAGAUGAGGAACCAGAGGAUGUCGGGAUUGUGAUCGAAGGCACCAAAGUCCUCAGCCAAGUGGGUAGUGUCAUAAUGGGAUUCAUCUUGACAUUUGGGCUCAUUUAUGCCCUUGAUCUAAGCUACCCGGAAAACCUGAAGUACACCUUCGAGUUUUGCCAGAAGAUCAUCAUGAAUCUGGAUGGGCACAAGCUGAAUACAAAAAUACAGCAGUUAAAAAUCAAGCUGUUUGCUGCAUAAAGAGAGGACAUUAAGGGACCUGUUUGUUUUGUUGCCACUCUUUGACCUCCCUCCUCACCAAAGAUUAACAGUAACUUCUCCCUGCCCAUUCUGGAAUUCUGAAACAGCUUGAUACUGCACAGACAGACAAGGGACUGUAUGGGAGUUUGUUGUUCUCCCGUUCUUCAAAGCAAUAGAAAUGUCAUGGGCACUGAUGAGUGUCUUCUCGUGCAAACUUUGAUUGUCAAAUGGAAAGUCCAGUUUCCAAAUUGUGUUACUCAGAUUUUAAGUUGAUGGACCUUAUAGCACUUUGAUGCACUUUUAUUUCUGCUCUGAAUUGGAAGAACUCCGCAUGUUGUAAACCAGGUUUUUACAGGUUAAGGUUUGAAUGGCUGUACGCCCUUUGGUAUAUUUGAACAGAUAAAGUCUGUGGUUUUGGUCUAAAAUAAUUAAAAAGGGAAAAGGACUGUUCAGACAUAUAUUUAGAUCUCCUUCUUUAUUGAGCCUUUCCUAUUAGUGACUCUUGGUUAUUGGAAAGCUGAAUGUCAAUUUUUUCAACAGUAAAAGAACUGGUAAGGUACUAUAUCCAGGGCACUGGGCAAGAAUAGCACACCUUGUAAAUUGUUUUAGCAAGGAAACCCUUACACAUGUUCAUGUUGAAAUGUUUUCAUGCAUUGAUGUCAUUGAAGACUUUACCGUUCUAUGUCAAUGUUUAUAAUAGCCUCAAAAGCACUUUGAAAUCUUUUGUAAGACUUAAGAAUAUUAAAACAUGACAUUGUCGUGAUUUCUCAGUUUGGUCAGCAGUUCAAUAGUUUUGUUCAGUGUGGUAUAGCUGGCAAACAAAGAUUGAACUGUCGUAAUGAUGAGAUAAUGUAAAUAUGUAUAAUUUUGUGUUAUUCUAAUCUAAAAUGUUCCCAGAUAUUUUGAGCAAAGAUUCUGUCAGGUGCUUUGCAGCUUACACCCAUUGUACAAUUUUAGUACAACUGUAAGACUGUCCCAAGCAAUAGCAGCAUUAUCCAUAUUUUUAUUAGAAAUGGGUAUGUCUGUAAAUGCAUAAUUUCAAAAUCGUCCACUGUUUUAGUGUUAAUUUUUUUUAAAAAACGGGUGGACCUGCACUGUCAUGUUAUUGUUGCAUGUGGCAAUUCAAUAAAAAUGAAGUAAAUACAAAGUUCUGUGUAAUGUCAUUUCAGCUGGGGGGAAUCAAAUGAAAGAUUUGAUUUAAUUUAAAAUAGAUUUCAUUUUAAUUUGGAUGAAUCUAAAUAAAUUUAUUUGAAUUUAAGUUAUUAUUUUGUUGUAGUUAUGACUAAUAAAAUUUAGGAGAACUUACUCAAUUGAAUAAAGUUAGAUCAGUGUAAACCAAUUUCUCUAAACUGAUGUAUACAAUUUAUUUUGAGUUUAACAAAUAAAAAUUAGUCUGAUUAACGUAAUUAAAUUAAAUUUAACCUAUGUUUAUAAUUUGAGUUGGGGCUACGUAAAUAUAUUGGAUGGAAAACCUGCCCACAAAUGAAUUGAGUUAGUCCAAUGAGUUAUUUUUUUGA